AUGUCAGUAUACAGAAUAUUGGGGGGCAUCUACAUAAGCUCGGUGGAGCCCCUUUACAAAGGUUUGGACAUAAGAAAUGACCACGGAAUAGAGUAUAUUAUCUCGGUACAGAAACAAAGUAUACCUGAAUUUUAUACUAAGGAUCCUUAUCGUCACCUUCAAAUUUCAGUGGACGAUGAUGAAAAGUCUAAUAUAAUAGCUUUUUUUGAACAAACGAAUCGUUUCAUUUGCUUCGCCCUUUAUGGAAAUUCUGACCAGACACCCGAUACCGCGAAAGCAGCGAAGCAUAAAUCUAACAUUCUAAUACAUUGCAAUGCUGGAUGUUCUAGAUCUCCAACAAUUUUGGCAGCUUUUUUAAUGAAAUACUAUCAGAUGAGUCUAAAAGUUGCACUUUAUGCAAUGAAACGGGUUAAGUCAGACGUUUGCCCCAAUGAUACCUUUCUACAUCAGCUGAAACUAUACGAAGAGCUGGGUUGUCAAGAUAGUACGAAAAUACUGGAGGGUAUUCCAACAUAUAAACAAAUGGUAUUGGAACUUGGCUGCGAUAAUCAUGAGGCUUUAGUUAAAUCUGACGACUUAUAUGGAGACGAUUCCACUAAUAUCAACGUAUCGAGUGUUUUGAGGUGCAGAAGAUGUAGGGGUAUGCUUGCAAAUUCAACAUCAUUCAUACCUCAUGAACCACCAUCAGGUGACAAAGAUAAGCAAGCGUUUUUCGUUAAAAACGCUUUCAAAUCAAAAAGAGUGAGGAACAUUCAGAGGGGCGCAAAUGAGUGUACACAUUACUUCGUCGAGCCGCUCAAGUGGAUGCAACCAGAAUUAUCACUAAGCGAAUUGGAGGCUGUGGAAAAUGGAUGGUCCCAGCAAUUCACUUGCAGAAAGCUAAGGUUGAUGAAAUAA